AUGACGGCCCAAGAACUCACGGCUACUUCUACUCAAGCCCCACCUCAUAGGGUGCACGAAAAUAAAACCGCUAUCAUCACGGGCGGUGCGAGAAGCAUCGGUGCAUCCAUUGCUCGUAACCUCGCCUCGAAAGGGGCGAACGUUAUCCUUAUCUACCAGACCGAGGCGUCCGAUGAACCGGCAGCCGCGCUCGCCGCCGAACUAUCCAAAGCACAUAACGUCAAGGCCGUCCCCGUCCGCGCCGACUUUAGCACACAAGAUGGCUGUGCCAAAAUUGUCGCCACCGUGAAGAGCGAUAUGCCGCCCAAUGUAAAGACGGAGAAGCCGCAGGUCGACAUCCUCGUCAACUGCGCCGCUCUCUUCCACGCCAUGCCCCUCGAUGCAGUCAACGCGGAAGACUUCCAUAAGGUCUACUCCAUCAACGUUCUCGGCCCCAUUCUACUUACUCAAGCAUUGAAGCCGCUGCUGCCAAACGACCGGUCGGGGCGCAUCGUCAAUGUCUCAAGUAUUGGUGCCAAGGUCGGCCUUGAGUACUUGACACUAUAUGGUGGCAGCAAGGGUGCUCUCGAGGCCAUGACACGUACUUGGGCCCGUGAGCUCAAAGAACACUGCACCGUGAACUCGUGUAAUCCCAGCUCCACCAUGACGGACAUGCUCCGAGGUGCCUCGGAGGAUGCCAAGAAAGCCAUUUCCAUGUGGUACCCUCUCACGCCGCUGAGCGGUAUCCGCGAGUGGGAUACUGAUGAGCAGAAGGAUAUGGCUGAGAAGUAUGGUGGCCGUGCUGGCUACGCCGAGGAGGUCGCCGGGAUUGUGGGUAUGAUUUGCUCGCCCGAAAGUGGGUGGAUGACGGGAUGUCUCGUGAGCGCAAAUGGAGGACAAUGGAUGGCUAGUUAA